AUGGCCUCGACCACGACCCAGCCCGACUACCCGGGCAUGCUGCCGCCCCCUCCAGGCGUGACUCCCAACAUCACGGACCCCGAGUCCAUUGGGUGGAAGCUCGUCGUUGCCGGCAUCGUCUGCCCUGUCAUCACUCUCGUCUUCUGGACCCUGCGCGUCUACACGGCCCGGCACAUCCUCCGCAAAUUCCAUCUCGACGAUUGGCUGAUCACCGCGUCGUUGAUACUAGCCAUCGGUCUGUCCGUUGUGGAUAUCUCACAGACCAAGUAUGGAAUGGGCGUGCACAUGUGGGAAGUCACGCCGGCCGACUUCCAACACUCCAUCAUAGUCGGUCUCCCGGCCUCCAUCUUCUACAAUCUCUCGACGCUCUGCGUCAAGGCGUCCAUUCUUUUCUUCUACCUUCGCUUCGCCGCCGCCAACCAGGCCUUCCGCGUCACCGUCUACGUCCUGCUCUUCGUCGUCGCCGGCUACUCGCUCAACGCCGCCUUCAGCUUCCUGUACCUGUGCACCCCCAUCCACAAGCUCUGGGACCUCGCCACCCCGGGCUCCUGCGUCGACCUGUACUCGGCCUUUCUGGCCAGCGCCGCCAUCAACGCCGCCACCGAUGUCGUCAUUCUCCUGCUUCCCUCCUGGCUGCUGUGGCCGCUCCGCCUGCGCUGGAGGCACAAGGUGGCCGUCAGCCUGGUUAUGAUGACGGGCGGAUUCGUCUGCGCCGUGAGCUUCUUUCGCCUGGCAUCCAUCCCAUUGGGCAAGGACAACAUGGACACGACCUGGCAGUACUGCAUCAACAACAUCUGGUGCCUCGUCGAGCUGUACGUCGGCAUCGUCUGCGCCUGCCUGCCCUGCCUGAGACCCUUUGUCAAGGAGCACUUCCCGAGCAUCUUCAGCGCCUCGCCCGACAGCGACGGCAACAGCUCCCCAGAAAGCGGCGGCUUCGGCAGCAGCCUGUUUGCGAGACAGCGGCGCCGGCGGCAGGUCAGCUUGGCGCCCGUGUCUGACCACGCGUCGCUGCACAGCCAGGACAAGAGCUGCCCUCCGUCGUCGAGCAACAGCGGGAGCGCGGGCUCGGCGAGGGAGAAGGAGCCUGUGCCGGCCGCUGCUGAGGUUGAGAUACCAACCUCUAAUGCGGCCUCAAAAGUCCGACAGCAUAACCUGCGGGAGACGGAAAUUGCCAUCACUGGCCCGCCGCCUCCAUUGUGGCCCACCGCCCUCUGCAGUGCACACCGCGGCGGCAGCACCUUCUACCGCACGUCGAAAUAA